AUGAGCACGGAUCACGCUACCUCAAAUAUCUAUUCUGUUGAAUCAUUGUUGGCCAAUGCGGACAAAGCAAGCAUUUCCCCAACAGAUAGCAUAGACGAUAAAAAUAGUGAGAAAAUAUCUGAAGAAACACUCGGGUGCUGGCAGAAAAUGGCCGCUGUUAUCGCAUUUCAGCAGAAAAUGAUGAUGCUACAGCAAACAAUUCCACAAGUUCGAGCUCCUUCCAGCUCUCCAUUGCUUUUUAUGCCUAAUUUCCCAAUGAAUUUCAUGAAUGCGGCGGCGCCCAUGUUGUGGCAGAAUCAGCUACGCUGUAUGGCUAUGAAUUUGAUGAUGAUGAAUCCUGAAUCCCCAACAGAAACUACUAAUACCGCUAACACUUCAAAUAACUCUCCAUCGCCAGUGAGCGAGGUAAAACCCUACAAUUGUCAAAAAUGUACAAAAACAUUUUCGACCUUAGCUGCCCUUGAGCAACACCAACAAGUUCACAAUUGCGACAAACAAUUCGAGUGCAAACAGUGCGGGAAAUGCUUCAAAAGAAGCUCCACCUUGUCGACACACCUGCUUAUUCAUUCAGACACUCGUCCUUACCCUUGCGAAUAUUGUGGAAAAAGAUUCCACCAAAAGUCGGAUAUGAAGAAGCACACCUACAUUCAUACAGGAGAAAAACCUCAUAAAUGUACAGUUUGCGGAAAAGCCUUCAGUCAAUCUUCGAAUUUAAUAACCCAUACAAGAAAGCAUACUGGAUUCAAGCCAUUUGCCUGUGAUGUUUGUGGAAGAACAUUCCAGAGAAAGGUUGAUCGUCGAAGACAUCGCGAGACACAUCAUCCAGGUCAUCCAGACGAAUGCGUAACCGCAUCGCAAAUUCCCUUCGAUAUAUCGCCCAAAGGAUACAUGACACCGCCGAGCAAUACGACUGUUGACUCGUCCGAAGAUAUUCUCAAUGCGUUCAGGCUCCCAGCACAAUUAUUUGGAAUUAAGGCCGAAAUUCGAGACGCCGAUGAAGAUGAUGAGGCGCUGAACCUGAGCAGGUCUUAA